UGUGUGUAUUGGGUCCAAUCAGAAGUUCAGAACCAAGCAGCAAAACGAAGAUGAGGCUCAUGCUUCCAUUUCCCUCGCCGUUAUCCGCCUCGUCGGCGCCUCCGCCGCCGGGAUUUCGGUCGGAACCUACGCCUCCGCCGUCGUUGAACUUCCCGGAGUUCAACAAUUGGGCCAAAAAGUCAGUAAUCGGAGCCCUAACCGGAGCUCUCUCGUUCACUCUGGUUUUCUCUUCACCCCUCUCCUCCUUUGCCAUCGAUCCAUACCUCUCCCUGAAACCGCCGUCUCCGCCGGAUUCUUCCCUGAACUACCUCAAGCCUGCUCCGGAAAACUGCCGUGACGAGGAAGAUGCCGAGUCAGAGCAGCCGAGAGAUGAUGACGUCAGGCCGGAGUUUGUCACCGAUGAGGACAUUGUUCAAGAAGCUUGGCAGAUCGUCAAUGACGCCUUCCUCGAUACCGGUCGCCAUAGCUGGACCCCUGAAACGUGGCAGAAAAAGAAGGAAGAUUUAUUGUCUAGUCCGAUCCGGAGUAGAUCAAAGGCUCAUGAGGUGAUAAGAACAAUGCUCGCCGGUUUGGGCGACCCAUAUACUCGUUUCCUCUCACCGGAAGAGUUCUCCAGGAUGUCGAAGUACGACCUCUCGGGUAUUGGAAUAAACCUUAGGGAAAUUCCUGAUGGCGAUGGACAUGUUAAGCUGAAGGUGCUUGGUCUCGUGUUGGAUGGCCCUGCUAACGCUGCUGGUGUAAGGCAGGGGGAUCAACUUCUUGCUGUCAAUGGAGUGGAUGUCGCUGGGAAAUCAGCAUUUGAAGCAUUAUCUUUGUUGCAAGGCCCUAGUAAAUCUUAUGUGGUUCUCAAGGUCAUGCAUGGUGAUUGUGGACCUGUUCAAUCAAUAGAAGUCCAGAGACAAGUUAAUGCACGGACCCCAGUCUUUUAUCGGUUGGAAAAAGUAGACAAUGGCAAAACUUCUGUUGGGUAUAUCCGCUUAAAAGAGUUCAAUGCCCUUGCUAGAAAAGAUUUGGUGAUUGCAAUGAAGCGGCUCCAAGACAUGGGUUCUUCAUAUUUUGUAAUGGACCUUAGAGAUAACCUUGGUGGACUUGUACAAGCUGGAAUUGAAACUGCAAAGCUUUUCCUAGAUGAAGGAGAUACGGUGACGUAUACAGCUGGAAGAGACGCGGAGGGGCAGAACACUAUUGUUGCAGACACAAAACCACUGGUUACUGCUCCUGUUAUUGUAAUGGUAAAUAGCAAAACAGCUAGUGCUAGUGAAAUUGUUGCAUCUGCACUUCAUGAUAACUGUAAAGCAGUCCUCGUUGGUGAAAGAACUUAUGGAAAGGGUUUGAUUCAAUCGGUGUUUGAACUCCGGGAUGGAUCUGGAGUGGUUGUCACCAUUGGAAAAUACGUCACCCCCAAUCACAUGGACAUCAACGGUGGUGGAAUUGAACCCGACUUCCGAAAUUUACCAGCUUGGGAUGAAGUGAAAGAGCGUUUGUCCAAGUGCAAUAUGCUUCAACAAAAGUUGACACAUGAUGAAUCCUGAGCCAUUCUUGUCAUUCUUAGCUCGAUCCAUUACUGAAUAACCAACAAAAAUGCUUAAGAGACAAUUUGAAAGUCAUUCAACUACACUGAUACAGCAGGGGGAAAGCCCUUUAUAGAGAUCUUCUCGCGGAAUUUUGCACAUCUUCCCCACUUGCAGGAGUUGAAACAAACUGUAAGAUGAACAAAAGGAUGGGUGUAUUGAGAGAGAGAUGUACUUGCCUAUUGUCUUCUUGCUCAGUUUGUCCUUACUAUCUGUUGUUCUCGUGGGUGAUUUUUUGUAGAAAGUGAACUGAGGAAUGAGCGUAUAGAUCACGUCUCAAGCUGUGCAUUUUCCUUUUUUGGUCACCCGCUUUUUAGCUCUCA